UAGCUAGGUUUCUGUGACUAGAUAAGGUACAUUGUAGUACGACAUUGUCGAGGGCUGUUCAGCCAAUUGAUCGUCCGUUUAUAAGAAGGCGUUUCUUUAGUUAAUGCGUAGCUACAAGAGCUGAAAUGUUAGUUUGACACACGAGGCGAUUAAUUGAAGUGUCCGCACGAAUGCUCAGUUAACAUCUUAUUCUUGUGCAAUUUGAGUGCCUUGAAGAUAUUUAUAACCUUAAUUUAAAUACACUUAGAAGAUGGCUAACAAGGCAGAGUCUACUAUGAGCGCUCGUGAGAGUGUGUCCCACAGGGUGCUGAGCUGGGACCAGGUGAGCCGUCUUAACGAGGUCCUGACAGAGGUGGUGCCUGUCCAUGGCCGAGGGAACUUCCCCACUCUGGAGGUGCGGCUGAAGGACAUUGUGCAGAUGGUGCGCACCAGGCUGCAGCUAAGGGGGAUUAAAGUGAAAGACAUCCGUCUGAACGGCUCUACAGCCAGCCACGUGCUGGUGCAGGACAUUGGCUGGAGCUACAAGGACCUGGAUGUCAUUUUCAGGGUGGACCUGCCCCAGGAGUCAGGGUUCCAGCUGGUCAAAGACGUGGUGCUAGGCACCCUGCUGGACUUCCUCCCUGAGGGGGUGAACAAGGAGAAGAUCACCCCCAUGACUCUGAAGGAGGCCUAUGUUCAGAAGCUAGUCAAGGUGUAUACUGAGCAGGACCGCUGGAGCCUCAUCUCCCUCUCCAACAACAACGGACGCAAUGUGGAGCUCAAAUUUGUGGACUCUAUCCGUCGGCAGUUUGAGUUCAGUGUGGACUCAUUCCAGAUCGUGCUGGACUCACUGCUCACCUACUAUGACUUUUCGCCGGGGAACCCCAUGUCUCGCCACUUCCACCCCACCGUGGUGGGCGAGAGCGUGUACGGAGACUUUGGCGCGUCUCUGGAUCACCUCAUGAACAAGCUGAUUGCCACCAAGCGGCCAGAGGAGAUCCGUGGUGGGGGCCUGCUCAAGUACUGCAACCUGCUGGUAAGGGACUUCCGGCCCACCUCGGAGGAGGAGUUCAAGGGCCUGGAGCGCUACAUGUGCUCCCGCUUCUUCAUCGACUUCCCCGACAUUGGCGAGCAGCAGCGCAAGCUGGAGGCCUACCUGCAGAGUCACUUUGUGGGCGAGGAGAAGAGCAAGUAUGACUACCUCAUGAUCCUGCGGCGUGUGGUCAACGAGAGCACGGUGUGUCUCAUGGGCCACGAGAGGCGGCAGACCCUCAACCUCAUCUCACUGACAGCCUUCAGGGUGCUGGCUGAGCAGAACGCCAUUCCCGACUCCUCUAGCGUCACUUGCUACUACCAGCCGGCGCCCUAUGUCCGAGACCACAACUUUAGCAACUACUACGUGGCCUCUUGUAACCAGAACAUUCCAACAUGGCUGCCAUGUAACUGAAAGACACACUCACACAAGAGAAGACUGCUGCUUUGAGGGGGGAAAAAAAGGAAAAAAAUAGAUAAAUGGGCUCCCCAUAAACACAAAUUGGGCCAUAACUGGGAUUUCUCUCUGGUCAUAAAGGAUCUAUUUAAAUGGACAAGUGGUUUUGUUUUUUUUGGACUCCCUUCUCCUUUCUCAAUACUUAUCUGCAGAGGUGUCAAGAUAAAUUGAUCCAAAGUGAUAUUUAAGUGUUUGGAUUCAUGUUAUUUAGCCUUUUUUUCAUAUUGCAAUGUUUUUGUUCCCCCUUUUUUUUCUCCCUAAUCUGAGUUUCGAAUUAACGUCCUGAUUCAAUGAAUUGUCCGUGGUGCCUUACUGUCUGUGUUCCCCUGAUAAGUAUAUUUGGUCCAUCUUAAUAGAAAGGGGGGGGUAUUGUGUGUUUGGGUUGUGUAUUUAAGAAUUGUGAAAAGACUGGGGGUGCAGAAUGUUAAUUGUGUAGUGACUAAACGAGCAUAAAAAAAAGUGAGAUGACUCCUGAGCUGACAUGGAUGUUUAGCAUCCUGAUGCGCAGUAGUGGUUUGCUCAUCAGUGUUUGGGGAUUUUCUAUUAGUGAGAUGACUUCAUCUUCAUUUCCUUUAGAAGGCAUCCAAGGUAAAAGGGAGGCCAAGGAACUGCUCAUUUAGUUUUAAAUCAAAGGUGUAAAUUGGGAAAGUCAUAUUACUAGCACAGCAGUGUUCUCUAGCGGCCAGAGUGCCUGUGCCGUGUAGACUUUCUAAUUGUAUUUUCCACUGUGAAUGUUGGUGACAGCCUCCUAAAUCUGUUCAGCCCUUUCUUUUUCUUUUCUUUUUUUAAGAACUUUAUUCAGUCAAGACUGGAUUUGAGUGUGUACUAUGUAGGGUGUAAAGUGGCUUCCUCUCCUUGUGUCCUCUCCUCCAUGCAACAGGUCAAAUGGAACUGUAGAAAGCCUAUCCAAACCUUUUGCCUGUUUGUGUUAAUGCUUGAAAGGAGACUAGGGGAGGACGCCAUGAAUGAGUAUUGACAAGCACCCCCAUACAGUGACUGUUGGGCCUUUAUUUGCCCACUGAUCUGGGCUAAUGUAUGUUGUGUGGAGUUACUAUUUCUUUUAAACUUCUUCCAAAUUGUCAGUGUUCAUGGUCCACCUGGUGGGUUCUAUACUGUAGGCUCAUUCAGAGGGCAGGACAGGGUUGCUCUCUUCCUGGAAUCUAAUCUGAGAGGCAGGGAACUACUGUCCCGUUCCUUAAAAGGAGCCCCACUUGGCAGGGUCUGGAGCCCCUUGCGGGCUUCGCAAUGGCUGAAAUGGGAUCCCAGUCUGGUGCAGGCUACCCAAUGGCUUUAACAGCAGUUCAUCAUUAUUGUGGGAGGGUAAGGAAGAGGGUUGUGUGUGUCACUGCCCCUUUACAUGUGUGAGGGCUUACUCACUUUCCACUCCACUCUCCACCACCCUUUAAAGGUUUGCUGGGGGCAGGUGUGAACCGUUUUCUGGUCAUGGGAGGACAGGGGAACAUGGCUGCUUGCCUAGCACAUUCAACAAAAUGUAAAUGUCUGGAAUUCCGUUCUCAAUUUAGACCUCACGCUUUUUGAUUUAUAUGGCAGAAGUUGUAGUCAGAUCUAUGACGGGCAUCCCAGUCCCCCUUCAAACUUUAAACCCCAUUUAGAAAUUGCCCCCUACCAUCUCCCUUUCGACUGACCUCUCCAUUUUAAUUUCCAGUCCAGUAAGCCAACUGUUCUCUUAAGUGUUUCUGUCCAACCUAACCCAGGGAAUAACUUCUGCAAACCCUAAUGUGUGCAUCCAGAAAAGGGGUAGGAUGUGGUUCUGCCCUGUUCACAGGCAUGGGGGGGGGGGGGGAUUUUUGGGGGGUGGUCAGCCAGCCAGCAUGGUCUUCUCUAGAGCUGAUCAUACCCCUGGCUCAGGGCACGUUGAGCUGGCUCAGCAGCCCAAAACGUAGACACUGCUUUUAACCUGGGUUAGCCUUAGCUUACAUUUAGCCACCAUGUGGGCACAUUCAGUGUGGGGGCACAUUCAGUGUGGGCCAAAGUCUGAACCAGCAACUGAAGUGCCUUCAAAUUUUGGCAGGAUUUGUUUUUGGGAGGGUGGGAGAGGGAAUUGGCUCAGUUUUAUUUUGUGCUUUUUGGGGUGGGGGGGGGACAAAAAGGUUUGUCAUUUGCAUUGGGUAUAAAUGGUCAUUUAUGGGUUUAGACACUGGCAUUGAAUUACGGAUAUAGCCUUUUUAUUUUUUAUGUGAAGUUUAUUUUUCUUCCUAAACCCAACCCCAAAACAGCUGUAACUUAGCUGUCUAGUCAUUCCAGUAUUUCUUUGUCAUGCUGUAUGCAUUUUUUCCCCCUUCAUUUAUCCAAAGCAAUACUGACAGGUAAUGCAUGAUAACUGAGGUCAAAUGACUUGCACACCCCACUCUAUGGAAGCACUUUAGAGGCCUUGACUUACUCAACCCAGCUAGUGGAGCGUGUACCUGAACUUACGCUCUGAAGGAAUCUGAAUGUGGGAGGUGAGCUGGUUCUCAGGGAGGUAAAAUGUGUUGAAGGGCUGUUUAUAUACUUUUUGGGGGGUGGGGGGUGAACUUUCUGAACCUGUUUUGUAUUGUGCCCCCAUCUUGGCCACCAGAUUCCUAUAUUUGGUAUGACUCCCUCUGGUGUAUAUUAGAGAAGAUCUGUGUCUUUCUCUCUGUGCUGAGACCAUUUUUAAAAGCUUGUGGCAUUUGGAGCAGGUGGUCUUCAACCUUGGUUCUGUUUUUUUCACGGCAUUGCUUAAUUGAUUAACUUCAUCAUUCAGGUGGAAAGUCCCCUUGUCUCGCUUUAUUCAGGUGAGACGCCAUCUCUAAUGGAGAGACGCUCCGUCAUUCCCAGAUAUGUUUACCGCCAUGCAAAGUGAUGAAUCAAUUAAGCUUUGAGCCAGAACUAGCAGCCCAUUAGCGCUACACAACCAGGGCUGAAGACUUACUGAUAUUGACUGGGUGUAAAGCCUAUCUUUCCCUACCUGUCCCUUACCCUGCCUGACUGUUGGUUUGUUUCCUUUUCCAAAGAGCAAGUCAUAACUUUUUUGGAACAUGACUGAGGCCUUUGACUCACUUUACUAUUUUUGCAUUGAGUUUUGGAAUUUGCUGCAGGUGCGUUUAUACGUGGAUGUGGUUUAAGUGAAAGAUGAAAUUCUUGCUGUGUGUGAGGUCUUGCAUUCUCUGUCGGCUUUGACUGACUGCAAUGCUGAGGACGUUGAUUAUCAUAUUCAUUUCUCAGCACUUUUACCUCACUAGUUUUCCUUUUUGGAUCAAAUGUUUGAAGAGGGGAAAAAUAAAAAUAAAGUUUGAACCCCA